AUGAGCAGCAGUGAUAACAAUCAUGGUGAACGUGGGGAGGAUGAUUGGCGUCAGAAUAUCGGGGCAAAUCAGGAGAAUGUGAGCAUUAGUUCAGGAAGUGCAGUAGUCCCAUUUAAAGAGCACUAUACUUUGGGUGUUGGAGCGUCAACCGAUGAUGCGUGGUCUAAUUCUUCUGACAAUGUCGGUGAUGAUGUUAGUAAAGAAAGCUCUAAAGAGCAGCAUCGUGCCCAUUAUUAUGGGGCUGAUGGACAGGAGAGUCAAGAUGGGCAAGAUGGUCAACAUGGCUCUAGUUCUGUACCGAAGGGCGGUGACUCAGUGGUUGAGGGGUCUAGUCAUCUCAGACAUUAUAGGGGGUUACAUCACGCGACGUUUUCUCGUACUAGUCAAUAUCCCACUUCUCCUUUAGCGAACCAGAUUAAAGCUUCAGAGAAGAAGAAUUCGGAACUUCCGAGUGUGCACAUCCCUACUCCUGCUGUAUACGUAAAUUCUAGCCCAUCUUUGGAUAUUUUGAAUGAAAGAUCGGUGGAGGGUAGUCGCAAAAGCAAUGAUUCGGGACUUUCACAGCCAGUGACGAUGCGCAAGACACCUUCUCGUGCAGGAUCUUUCUUUAAGCGGCUGACGGGUAGACAGGCCUCUUUGAAUGGGGUUGAAACAGCAACGUCCACUGAUGCUGAUGGAGGAUGUUCCACGGUUAUGCAUUCUUCUCUACGGCGCAAGAUGAAUACUUUCAUCUACGGUAAUGAACCGAAACGCGAUACUAAAAGUGGAUCAGUGUCAUUGCCUGGUUCAAUUGCGAGUAGACGUAGUUCAGCCACCAGUGGAGCUAGUUCAUCUCCUGCAAAUGUUUUGCAAGAGUUACCUAGAUCAUCCAUUAGUAAUUCAAAGACGACAUCGCCAACUGCCACCACACAUUCCAAUGUGUCAAGUACCGCUGCAUUGAUGUCGUCACACACAGCCGAUGUGAAUGAUACACCGAAUAUUCCACAUUCUUCAAACGGUGAAUCAGAAAUUUCCAGUGGUCAAGACUACUUAUCAAGAAACCCCACAUUUUUCAACUUGAACAUAGACUUGAACAAUUUAUCGGAUAUUACAAGUGCAUUCCAGUCAAAUUCGGAUCCGAUAGGCAGCAACAGCGUGUCAUCUCGGCAAACAGGUUUUAAAAGUGAUAAAAUUUCCAGUGCUUGUCAAAUUCAUGGUCAUACAUCUCCAGGCGAUCUUCAUUCAAAACAUAACGCUCAAUGGACGGCUCCAGAAUCUUGGGAUAUUGAUGAUCAGGUACUAAAAUCUAACAAACAAAAACAAAAAUGUCAGAAUCCUAACCAUCAUCGCCACCACCAUCGCCAUCGUCAUCAGUAUCAAUCCCGGACUCCAAACUUGGUAUCUAGUCCCGGCCCUCAAGAAGGCAGCUCAUCCACCAAUAUGGGUGCUUUGCGAAGUCCAAUUCAUACAGCUGAUACACAGAGCAAAUCACAGAGCCGCACUACAUCUAUAAGGUCGCCUAUCCAAAGAGCAAUGUCUCCAAUAAGUGUUAUAAGUUCUGAGAGUAUUGCGUCAAGUCAUUCUGGAUCAUGUGAAAUGUCCGUAGGAAGUACGGCAGAGGGCUCUAUGAAAGAUAGUAAAGUUAUGAGAUCAGAUUCCACUAAUUCUUUUACAACCGUAGGAACAGAAUUAAAUGAUGCGGAAGACGAUAACGCCCAGUUCCGAUUAGAAAAAUACUAUAAUGACAUGAGUGAUAUUGAUUAUCAGAAAAGGUACGCAAUUCGUAUUUUUAAUACCGACGAUACGUUUACUACGCUAUCAUGUACACCAGAUACUACGGUUGGUGAUAUGAUUCCUCAAAUAAAAAGAAAGUUUAAUGUUACUCAGGGUAAUUUCCAGGUUUCUUUAAAGGUUGGUAAGAUGUCCAAGGUUUUGAGGCCCACCGCUAAGCCGAUUUUGAUUCAGCUAAGGUUGCUUCUGUUGAAUGGGUAUAAGAAAACAGAUCCUUUGAAUAUUAUGGGUAUAGAGGACCUAAGUUUCGUAUUUAGCUUCAUUUUUCACCCAGUUAUCACUUCUCAACUGGCAUAUGAACAAGAGCAGCGAUUAAUAAAAGGAGAAUUUGUUCAUAUUGAUUUACGGAGUAUGGAUUUGACUCUUCCUCCUAUUAUAUUCUAUCAACACAUGUCUGAUAUUGAAAGUAUAGAUGUUUCUAAUAAUGCGAACAUAUUUCUACCCCUAGAUUUCAUUGAGAGUGUAAUCAAAUUAUCCAGUUUAAGGAUGGUGAACAUAAGAGCAUCAAAAUUUCCUGCAAAUAUAUGUGAGGCAAAUAAGUUGGUUUCACUUGACUUGGAAAGAAAUUUUAUUUCAAAGGUUCCAGAUUCUAUUUCCAAGUUAUCGAACUUAACAAUGUUGAAUCUAAAAUGUAAUGAAUUGGAGAAGCUUCCAAGGGGGUUUAAAGACCUUAAGAAUUUACAAUUGUUAGAAAUUUCAUCAAAUAAAUUUAAUGCCUAUCCAGAAGUUAUUAACAAAUGUACCAAUCUACUGCAAAUUAAUCUCUCCUAUAAUAAGAUCAAGUCUAUUCCUUUAAGCAUUAAUCAAUUAACAAAGUUGGCUAAGAUAAAUUUAUCAAAUAAUAGAAUUACCACUCUUGGUGAUCUUUCAGGAAUGAAAAACCUGAGAACGUUAAAUCUAAGAUGCAAUAGGAUAGAAAGUAUAAAGUGCAGAGCACCGAAUCUACAAAAUUUGUUUUUAACGGAUAAUAGGUUGAGCGUGUUUGACGAUGAUCUAAUAAUGAUAAGAAGUCUAGAGUUGCAAGAAAAUCCUAUAACUUUUCUAUCCCUAAAAAGCAACUAUCUGCAGAAUAUGGCUAGUUUGUCCAUUAAUAAGGCAAAGCUUUCAUCUUUACCAGGAGAUUUGCUGCAGAGGAUGCCUAGAUUAGAAAAGCUAGAGAUUAAUGAAAAUAAUCUGACAACGCUACCCCCGGAGAUAAAAUACGUAAAGAAACUGGUUCAUCUUUCAGUUGUGAAGAAUAAGCUGGAAUCUUUACCGGAAGAAUUAUCUCAACUCAAGAACCUAAAAAUGCUUGAUGUUCAUUGUAAUAAUCUAUUGCUACUACCAUAUGGAACCAGUUCUCUUCCAUUAACAUAUAUGAAUGUUUCUUCAAACCUUCUGUCAGGUAGUGCUGAUAUUUACCGCGACAUUUUCCAACCUACUUCAAACCUCUCCAGAUCUUUAAUGUUUUUUAGUGCCGCUGAUAAUCAGAUGGGAGAUAAAUUCUGGGAGUUAAUGAAUAACCUCAAAGCGUUGAAAGUUUUGAAUCUUUCAUAUAACAAUUUCAUGUCUUUGCCUGAAUUAGAUAUGGAAAAUUUGACCGAGUUAUAUCUUUCAGGGAAUCACCUGAGCACAUUGUCGGGCGACGCAUUCUUAAAGCUGAAAUCACUAAAGGUGUUAAUGUUAAAUGGUAACAAUUUGCAGUCGUUACCAGUAGAAAUAUCCCAACUACCUCAACUGGCGGUUAUAGAUAUUGGGUCAAAUCAAUUGAAGUAUAAUAUAUCCAAUUACCAUUAUGAUUGGAACUGGAGACAGAACACAGAUUUGAAGUAUUUGAACUUUUCUGGAAAUACCAGAUUUGAAAUUAAAUCAGCAAUAGAUGCAGAAACCAAGGCCGAUCUCUCAGAUUUGACAAUUUUGAAAAAACUGAGGGUCCUUGGUUUGAUGGAUGUGACUCUGAAUACCUCAAAAGUCCCCGACGAUGGCGUUAACUUUAGGUUGAGAACAAUGGGCUCAAGGAUUAAUGGUAUGGAAUAUGGUGUUGCAGAUACACUCGGUCAAAAAGAUGCUGUGUCUACCAGGGAUGUCACCUUUGAAAGGUUUAGAGGACGAGAGGAUGAAUGCCUUAUAUGCUUAUAUGAUGGAGUUAAUGACGAUACUAAUACUGGUCAUAAAAUAUCUCAGGUUGUUAGAGAUAUAUAUGAUCGUAUCCUGCUUAGAUCUUUAGAAAAAUAUGGCGACAAAACUUCGAGUGAGAUAAGGGACGCUUUAAGGUUCAGUUUUUUGCAAUUAAAUAAGGAAAUUAACAGUGCGAUAACAUCAGUUGAUAAUCGUAACAAUGAUUCUGUCAGUUUGACCUCCGCGGAUUCAUUGAGCGGUGCUUCGGUUACAGUAGUUUACAUGAAAGGCAAAAAGAUAUAUACCGCAAACAUUGGAAAUACAACGGCAAUCCUAUCUAAGGGCAAUGGUGAAUACGGUAUAUUAACCCAUAAACAUGUUCCUACAAAAACUGAAGAAUUUGAAAGGAUUAGAAUAUCCGGCGGUUAUGUUAAUAACAAGAAACUCAAUAGUGUUUCAGAAAUUUCCAGAGCAGUUGGAUUUUUCGAUCUAUUGCCACACGUACAUGCUUCUCCAGAUAUUACAGAAUCUGUUUUAACUUACACAGAUGAUAUGCUUAUUAUAGCAACGCAUAGUCUUUUAGAAUACCUAAGCCAUGAGAAGGUAUCAGAUGUUGCGAGAGAAAACAAGUCACAGCCCAUGUUGGCAGCUGAACGGAUGAAGGAUUAUGCCAUUGCAUAUGGUUGCACCGAAAAUAUUACUAUAUUGUGUGUGUCAUUUAAUAAGAAUGUCAGUAAACAGAGACAGUUCUCAUUGAAUAAAAGUGAUUUACUUGGUAGAAGGAUAAACUUCGAAGAAUCUUCAUUGAGGAGAUUACAACCUGAAAUCCCACCCCCUACUGGACAUCUGGCCAUCGUGUUUACAGAUAUAAAAAAUUCGACAGUACUUUGGGAAUUGUUUCCCAAUGCCAUGAGGAUUGCGAUUAAGGCCCAUAAUGAUAUUAUGCGCAGAAAACUUCGCAUUUUUGGUGGGUAUGAGGUCAAAACUGAAGGUGAUGCUUUUAUGGUUGCUUUUCCGACACCCACUAGCGCCUUGGUGUGGUGUCUAACAAUCCAACUAAAGCUAUUAGAUAUUCAGUGGCCUGAAGAAAUUACCUCAAUAAAGAGCGGUUGCAUGAUCACCGAUGAUGAAGGAACAACAAUAUACCAGGGCUUGUCGGUUCGUAUGGGCAUUCAUUGGGGCUAUCCUGUUCCAGAAAUAGAUAUUGUUACACAAAGAAUGGAUUAUCUGGGUCCUAUGGUCAAUAAAGCUGCCAGAGUAUCUAGUAUCGCAGAUGGUGGCCAAAUUACUUUAAGCAGUGAUUUUAUUGCAGAAUUUAACAAGAUUAUGCGGUAUCAUAAGAUGGUUGUGGAGGAAAAGAAGUUGUUAAAGGAAGUUUAUGGUGAAGAAUUUAUAGGUGAGGUGUUAGAGAGGGAGAUUCAAAUGCUGGAGAAUAUUGGCUGGGUGUUUGAAGAAUUAGGUGAGCAAAAACUCAAAGGUCUAGAAACAAGGGAGUUUAUCACAAUUUCCUACCCAAAGUCAUUAGCAGCAAGAAAUACCAUAGCAAAUAAAGAACAAAGCAACAGCAUUGUAAAUGAUGAUUAUAUGUUGCAAUUGAGGACAAUUUCUAACACUUUAGAAAACAUUUUAUCAUCAGUGAACGGUGGCCUAAUUGAAAUCGACAACCGUUCUCAGCAGGCCCCGGAUUAUGUGGCGCGUCAGAAGGCGGCUGAUAUAACUUCAAUUAAUAUAAAUGCAGAAACAGAUUGGAUUUCUUCAUUGGAUCACCUAGUAACGAGACUUGAAUCGACUGUUGCAAUUUUACAGCUGAAUCAGCGUAUGGAGGGCGGUUUGGAAAUAUACAGGCCCGGAAACAAAACAAAAAAAUCUGUAUUCGAAUUAUUAGAUCAACUGUGGCCUCCAGAUAAGUCAGUACAUCCCUGA